AUGAGAAAUGAAUGUUUUUCAGGUUUUAUAAGUGAAAUGCAAAAUAUUCAAGAUAUUAAUACUAUAACGUGUAAAGAAGAUUUAAAACAAAAUUGGUGUACAGUUGUAUAUAGUCCACAAACUCAAGAAAGUGAAUAUAAUUGUUUCAAUAUGUAUGCAUACAAUAUAUUUUCAGGUGUACCACAAUGUGGUGAUUUACCAGGAGAAAUACAAGAUUCUGGUUGUAAAGUAGUUAAAAAAAUGGAUGGAUCUGAUUGUAUAUUUUGUUGUUGUAAAGGAACACUAUGUAAUGAUCCAUCAGUCUUUUUAAAUAUAGCUAGUAAUAGACAUUUAUAUUCACCUAAUAAUACAAAUUCUAAAAAAAAUUAUGUGAUAAUUUUAUUUAUUAUCAAUAUUAUUAUAGUAUAUUUAUUUACAAUUAAAAUAUAUUAA